GAGCAGCGGACAGAGAAGCGGCACUGGAGGUGCUGCCGGAGAGAGGUGGGGAGCAGUGGCGUUGAUAAAUGUGCAUGGAAGACUGCCACCCCUCUGAACUGCUAUCCUCCACAACAAAUCACCUCCGCAACUUCACCCGUACAUUAGUUGAAGAGUUUUCAAAGUAAGAGAAAAGUUGGAGGCGAGGACAAGCCGAUAAAGCGGCGCCACCAUGUCUCUGGCUGUGAAGGAAAGAAACCAGGUCCGCCUGGUCUUCCUCGGGGCGGCUGGGGUGGGGAAAACUUCGCUGAUCCGGAGGUUUCUGCUCGACACCUUCGAGUCGAAGUACAAGAGGACGGUGGACGAGCUUCACCGCAAAGAGUACGACUUGGGGUCCAUGAAGGUCACGAUCGAGAUCAUGGACACCAGCGGCAGCUACUCAUUCCCAGCCAUGAGGAAGCUCUCCAUCCAGAGCAGCGACGCUUUCGCCCUGGUCUACGCUGUGGACGACGCCGAGUCCUUCGAAGUGGUGAGAAGCCUCCGGGAGGAGAUCCUCGACAUCAAGGAAGACAAGUACACGCCGAUUGUGGUGAUCGGCAACAAGGCGGACAACCCGAGCGACAGGCAGGUGUCCAGCGAGGAGAUCAUGUCCCUGGUGGAGCUGGAAUGGAACAGCCGCUACCUGGAGUCCUCGGCCAAAGACAACGCCAACGUGCUGGAAGUUUUCCAAGAGCUCCUGCGGCAGGCGAACUUACCGAGCCGCCUGAGCCCGGCCCUGAGGAGGAGGCGAGAAACUUUCCCCACGGAGAACCAUGCCCGACCUCCCAUGAACAAAACCAACAGCUGCCGCAUCUCCUAGACGCCCGGUUUCCCAAAUGGACGGUCUUUCCAUUUCGAUUGAUCCGAUCAAAGUUAUACCACAGAUAAUACGUACAUAAUUCUUCACCGCCGCUGAAGGUUGAAACCAAACCGAAUGGAUCCGCGUUUGGAAAAGCGUGUCUCCAAACUGGACAAAAUCGUGCAACUGAACUUGUCACGGUGGCUAAAACAGAACGGGAGCGUUCGGCACGUAUCUCAAAAACUGCUAUCUAUUAAUUAGGCUGAAUUUUAGUUUCGUUUUAUUUUGAUGAUGCUGAUAUUUAUUCAGUAAACUGAACAAUUUGACGCUUGCAUUUAAGGUAAACCCCAUGGCGGGUUGACAUCGAACCUGUGGUGUGAUACUGUAUCGACAUUGGUCGAAGUUUCCCAUACGGUUUGUAGCAGGCCGUGCGCCCUGGGAACUUUGUUUACAAAGUGUAAAUAAACCACCAUCGUUAUCCAACACCACUCUAAUUCACCAUCGUUAUUUGUUAAUUAAGGGGUUGGCGUUUGUUUGUACAUCCAUGUUAUUAGGUUGUGUCGUCAGGGUUACCGAGAACUCAUAUUCUUUUGUAUAUUUAUUUUAUAAAGUUGUUAAUAAAAUCUUUAUCUCAAAUAA